AGCGAGAACUGGACGAAGACAUCGGCACCGGGCAAUACUCAUAGUUUGGAUUAAAGGCUGUAUUUUGAGUCUACGGCAAUAUAAAAUGACGGAGUCUUUUGUGAUCAAACUGAUUUGCGACAAUCGUGGGGCGAUUGAUUACGGAGAUCUAGUCGACAUUUGUUGUGGGCUUCUGGACGUAAAUGGCGUCAUCUUACAAAACGAUAUUUUUUCCGUUGUUACAAUUGAUGGAAACAAACGAGUUGUCGUUAAGACUAAAGUAAGACUGUGUAAAGUCAGAGACUGCACUGACUGCCACAAUUUGCACCUGUGCAAAUUCUACCUUUAUGGAGACUGUAAGAGGCAAGGGUGGCACUUUUGCCAUGACAUGAACUCGGAGCACAACGCUCGAGUCCUGCGAGACAACCAUCUGCAGGAACUGGACAGGAACCAACUCCGUACCCUGCUGCUUCAGAACGACAGCACCCUCUUACCACCGGUGUGCUUCUCGUACAACAAAGGCGAUGGGGCGUACGGAAACUGCCCAGACCAGGAGAGGUGCUGGAGGCUGCACAUCUGUGACCGCUACCUCAGAGGAGCCUGUCAGGCCGGGGCCAACUGCCGCAGGUCACAUGACUUCUUCGAGCCCCACCCACAGAAAACCCUGCAGGAGAGAGGCGUUCCCAGCGAGCUGAUUGGCUCCAUGCUGUCCGUCUACCAGAACAUCCAGGCCUUGAAGAACAGUGACAACGGUGCGAACAGGAAUCAGCCAACACAUGCAGGCAACGUGAACAGCAGCAGAAGACAACAAGAUAAAAAGAUGCCUUUCUCAGAAAAGACGGAGAUCUGCCUUUUCUUUGUCAAGGGAAGCUGCACAAAAGGAGACAGAUGCUGGAGAGACCACUCCACCAUGCCAUAUAAAUGGGAGGUGAGAAAUGGAGACAGCUGGACGGCUCUCCCAGACAACGAAGAGAUCGAGAGAGACUUCUGCGACCCCAGCAAUGUGGACAGCCGAGGAGUCCAGCCCGUUUAUUUUGACACCAUGACCCGCGGGCCGACCCAGGUCCGGCGUCUCUCCACGGUCUCCUCUGUGGUUCAGCCCAACUUCAUCCUCACCACCACCUGGGCCUGGUUCUGGCAGGACGAGCACAACAAUUGGAUCCAGUACUCCUCAGUGGAAGGGCAGCACGGACUCUCCUCCAUCACGAGCGAGGACCUGGAGAGGAAGUACCAGGAGGACAGCCGUGCUGUGAUGGAGUUCACGGCGGGGUCGCACGCCUUCAAGCUCAGUUUCCCAGACAUGGUCCAGACAAACGAACGAUUCGGCACCAAACGGCAGGUGAGGAGACGGCCUGUGUUUGUCUCCACAGCGGAUGCUCGGAGAGCCAGGACCAAGCCAGAUGAUUAUUUCAAAGCGGUGCCGGAAUACUGGGACAAAUCCAUGUUGCCGGACACUGGAUACAAGACGAUCCCUCUGCAGGAAUCCUCAGAAGAAUACCAGGAGAUCCUGGCUCUUUUCCAGAUGACGAUGGGGGCACACAGCGUACACAGUGUCGAGAGGGUCCAGAACCGGGCAUUGUGGGAAGCCUUUCAGUGGCAGAAGGAUCUGAUGAAUAAAAACGACGCCGGGAGAAAAGUCAAUGAGAGACUGCUGUUCCACGGCACCUUCUCCAUCCAUGUCGACGCCAUCUGCCAGCAGAACGUUGGGAAAGGGAGUUACUUUGCUGAAGAUGCGAGCUACUCGCAUGUCUUCACCGGUACCUCAGAAGUGAGGACCAUGUUUGUGUGCCAGGUGUUGGUCGGCUACUACGGCUACGGGGACUCCGUGCUCUACGACAGCUGCGUGGACAACAUACACGACUCCUCCGUUUUUGUUGUUUCUGAGAAGCACCAGGUUUACCCCGAGUACAUCCUGAAGUACGGAGAAGAUAUGCGUCUUUCCUCCGCGGGAGCCAUGGAAACUGUGACAUCUCUUGGCCUCAACUCAACUCAAUCAGCACGCUGUGCCUCCACUUUACCUACUAUGACCCAAAAUCCCAAAGCCAAACGCCCAGUCACUGCCAACUCUGGGACCCCAAAACCUGUACAAGCUCCGCCCCCAGUCUUUGCCAGCUCUGUGACCCCAAAACCUGUACAAGCUCCGCCCCCAGUCUUUGCCAGCUCUGUGACCCCAAAACCUCUACAAGCUCCGCCCCCAGUCUCUGCCAGCUCUGUGACCCCAAAACCUGUACAAGCUCCGCCCCCAGUCUCUGCCAGCUCUGUGACCCCAAAACCUGGACAAGCUCCGCCCCCAGUCUCUGCCAGCUCUCAGUACCCAAAAUCUGUACAAGCUCCGCCCCCAGUCUCUGCCAGCUCUGUGGCCCCAAAACCUGUACAAGCUCCGCCCCCAGUCUCUGCCAGCUCUGUGACCCCAAAACCUGUACAAGCACCGCCCCCAGUCAGGCCCCGCUCUGUGACAUUCAAACCAACACAAGCUCCGCCCCCUUUCACAACCUCUUCUGUGACCUCCAGAGUAAAAGAUCUGGGAGAAAUGUUUUACCCAUCCUGGGGCCAGUCCUCAGAUAGCACAGGGACGGCCAGCUCCCCUUCUGAUUCCGACGGCACAUAUUCCCAGACCCCAACCAGCGCAUCUCCGUCCACAUCGUUCCCUGGAGACGGGUAUUCACCGAGCGCAGCGACAGGAACGUCUUCUCAGAGUGGUUCCACCAGCGCUAUGGAUGGGUCCCGAAAUGAGGACGGCAGCUAUGGUGCCUUCAUCCGUAGAAGCGGGCUCGACCCGAAGUAACUGCAAAGAUCUGUGGGAUCUCCUACCUCAGUGAUGAAUGGCUCUCUUUUAAUUUUCAUGUGAAUACUGACACCCCUUUUCUAUGCAAAAGCCAGAAUAUACACGGGAUAUUUAACACGAGAUAGACCCGCAUUUUGACGUGUUCUUGAUGCUCCCGGGAAAGUCCCUGGUCUUUGCCGUUUCACACCAGGCUUGUGACUUUCCCGGGUCGCCAAGUUUACUUCCGUUGGUCUACAGGUCGCUGCUGAACAAGGCUGUCCCCAAUGUCAUUAAAUAACCAGGCCUUAUGUUCCCACAAACUGAUCUGUAGGCCGAAUCAUUUGCAGAUUUUUUUUUCGUUCAUUUUGAAGAUUCUGGCUGAGGGUGUUUGGUCAGGCAAUCUUAUAUUGUAGACGAUUUGUUCUCUUUAUUCUGUCAUCCAAUGUAAGCUUAAUGCUCUUUUACAGUAUACAAUCAUGUUCAAGCAUCUUUCGUUCAAGCCUCGGUGUAGCCAUGAUAAUAUCUGCACAGCUGUUGCGCCCUUGAGCAAGGCCCUUAACCCCUUCCCCGCCAAUUAUUUUGGAAAAAACCUGUCCUUUUCAGACGAAUUUUUUAAAAUUAUAUUUAAUACAGUAUUUUGAACUAAACAUUUGGGGUGUAAUUUGUUGAAAAAAAAAAAAACAACGAAUGAAUGGCGCGAAUCAAAAUAAAUGCCGCUGAGAGCAUUGACUACUGUAGGUGUUAAUCUAUGUAAUAAUUGUUAUGCUCUCAUGCAGUGGUCUAGUUUAUGUUGAUGACGUGACGUCAAAGUAUGUUCACGUAUGUUUAAUGACGUCACUGUUUUACGUGAGGUUAUAUAUGUGAGU